CGCUGUACAGAGGCCAGCAGCUGCUCGACCAUCUCUCCUGCCUCUUAGACUGCCACCCUCGCCAAACGCCGAUCAUGAGCAACACCCUCCGACCCUACCUCAACGCCGUCCGCAGCACCCUCACCGCCGCCCUCACCCUCGAACCCUUCCCCUCUCAGGUCGUCGAGCGGCACAACGUCCCCGAGGUCGAGGCUCAGUCCACGCCCGAGGUCCUCCUCACCCCGCUCAUCAUCGCCCGCAACGCGUCCGAGCAAGUCCUCAUCGAGCCCUCGAUCAACUCGGUCCGGCUCAGCAUCAAGAUCAAGCAGGCCGACGACAUUGAGCGCAUCCUCGCCCACAAGUUCACCCGCUUCCUCAUGAUGCGCGCCGAGGCCUUUGUCAUCCUCCGCCGGGUGCCCGUCCAGGGCUACGACAUCUCGUUCCUCGUCACCAACCGCAACGUCGAGGACAUGUACAAGCACAAGCUCGUCGACUUUAUCAUCGAGUUCAUGGAGGUCGUCGACAAGGAGAUUUCCGAGGCCAAGCUCUCGAUGAACGCACGAGCACGCAUCGUCGCAGAGUCGUACUUGUCCACCUUCGCAUGAUCUCGCCGGCCUCGUUGUCGCGCGCCGUUCCUCUUUCCUCCCCUCUCUCGCACCCUCGCCGGCCGAUCCCCCUCCCUCUGCCCUUGCCGGCUCUGUAGACCCUCUCUCCUCCCUCUCGGCGCGCCUCGUGGGCGUCAUGAAAACCAUAGCAGUGCCUCUG